CUCGUUCUCCGCUCUAUAGAUGUUAUAUUUUUCAAAGAUCAAAAAAGAAAAAGGCAAAGCAAUUUCAUUGCUAAAACUGAAUUUAUCUGUGUAUCGACCGAGUUAGGCUAAGAUAGCCAAACCAAAAGCUUGAGGCGCUGACGUCAUCAUCAUGGCCACCUCUCUCUCCAGCCCAAAGCUCACCACCACCAUGUCCUCCUCCCCAGCCCUCCACAACCUCUUCUCCAGAAAGCUCCCUUCCCCGCUCUCUCUUCCCAAAACCCUAUCCUCUCUCUCCCACCUCCGCCGCACCUCUACCUCUCACCCCCACCACCACCUCCACUCCCGCCGUCGUUUCUCCGUACGCGCCGUCGAUUCCGGAAACGGCGCCGACUCCACUCGCCACUACGACUUCGACCUCUUCACUAUUGGUGCAGGCAGUGGCGGCGUCCGCGCCUCCCGCUUUGCCGCCAAUUUCGGAGCUUCAGUCGCCGUCUGCGAACUCCCCUUCUCCACGAUCUCUUCCGAUACCGCCGGAGGCGUCGGCGGCACGUGUGUGCUUCGUGGAUGUGUACCGAAAAAACUAUUAGUUUACGCUUCGAAAUUUGCUCAUGAGUUUGAAGAGAGUAAUGGGUUUGGAUGGAGAUAUGAGACUGAGCCAAAGCAUGAUUGGAGCACAUUGAUAGCUAACAAGAAUGCUGAGUUAAAGCGGCUCACCGGAAUUUACAAGAAUGUUCUUAGCAAUGCAAAUGUCACUUUGAUCGAAGGCCGCGGAAAGAUAGUGGACCCACACACGGUUGAUGUAGAAGGGAAGCUGUAUUCUGCGCGACAUAUACUAGUUUCAGUUGGGGGGCGACCCUUCAUUCCUGAAAUUCCCGGAAGUGAAUAUGCAAUAGAUUCUGAUGCUGCCCUUGAUUUGCCUACUAAGCCUGAGAAAAUAGCAAUAGUUGGUGGUGGUUACAUCGCUGUAGAGUUUGCUGGCAUCUUCAAUGGUUUGACGAGUGACGUUCAUGUAUUUAUAAGGCAGAAGAAAGUUUUAAGGGGUUUUGACGAAGAGGUUAGAGAUUUUGUUCAAGAGCAGAUGGCUCUACGAGGAAUCGAGUUCCAUGCAGAGGAGUCCCCUCAGGCUAUCGUAAAGGCAGCUGAUGGUUCAUUGUCCCUGAAGACUAACAAAGGAACAAUUGAAGGUUUCUCACACAUUAUGUUUGCAACAGGACGUAGACCUAAUACAAAGGAUUUGGGAUUGGAGGCCGUAGGUGUAAAACUGUCCAAGAAUGGAGCAAUAGAGGUUGAUAAAUUCUCCCGUACAGCAGUUCCUUCAAUUUGGGCUGUUGGAGAUGUUACGGACAGAGUAAAUCUGACUCCCGUUGCUUUGAUGGAGGGAGGGGCAAUAGCAAAAACACUGUUUCUGAAUGAGCCAACAAUGCCUGAUUACAGAGCUGUUCCUUCUGCUGUGUUUUCCCAGCCACCAAUUGGUCAAGUUGGUCUUUCCGAAGAACAGGCUGUAGAACAGUAUGGUGAUGUUGACAUCUAUACAUCAAACUUCAGGCCCUUAAAGGCUACUCUUUCAGGACUACCGGAUAGAACCUUCAUGAAACUCAUAGUCUGUGCAAAGACAAACAAGGUUCUGGGGUUACACAUGUGUGGAGAAGAUUCACCCGAAAUUGUGCAGGGAUUUGCAGUUGCUGUGAAAGCCGGCCUGACGAAGGCAGACUUAGAUUCCACAAUUGGUAUUCACCCGACAGCCGCAGAAGAGUUUGUGACAAUGAGGACUCCCACUCGGAAGAUACGAAAAGACCCUCCAUCUCAGGAGAAGAUAGACUCCAAUUUUAAAGCUGCCAAAGGUGUUUGAUCAGGGUUGAUCAAUCUGCUGCACGAGAUAGCUGAUUCCAAAGGUUGUGGCUCCUGAAAUUUGUACAUGACAAUCCUUGUGGAACAGUUGCUGAUAUUGGAGUAUCCGGCAUGACAGCAGCUGAGUUUCCGGAGAGCACAGAUGGCGCAUGUUUCCUCUUGAGGCCGGUGACGAACUUGAGCACAAGCACUUCAUCAGGAAUCUUUUUACUGUAAAUUGGUAGCGGGUUUUUGCUAAGUAUUGAAAUGAAUCAAAUUGCUGUAUGAGCUGUUAUCUGGCUCCACUUCAAUAUAUUUUUUACUGCAGAUCGAUGAAUAAAUGCAUGUUUUUGACUUCGAAUCA